AUGCCGCUGCAAGACCUUUCCGUCGAGAUCCUUCACCUCAUUUGCGAGGUCUGCCCCACAGACACACUCCAGGACUUGCGACUCACGUCUCAGAAGCUGUGCACUGUAGCCGAUAAACAUCUUCUGCCCGAAGUCGUGAUCUGUUUGGAAGGCACAGAUCUAAAACGGCUUCAGGGGAUUUCCAAGAGCUCGGAAGGGAUUCGAAAUGGCAUUAAAUCACUCAUCAUCCAGGCCGACGCAUGCGCCUAUGCUACAGACGAGAAUGAGCGAUUCCCUUCUCUGCGGAAAUGGUUGAACGAUCGGACGGAAUUCCUUCUGCAGUCGGAAGCUGAACUGCUCGAGCUGAGACGGACAAUCGAGAGUCGACGACAAACGCGACAGCGAAUCGAUCUUCUAAAAAGGCUCGAUCACUUCUUGGAACAGACACGAGCUUUACAGGACGAUCCAACACUGGCCGAGACAUAUUAUGCAGAAUUCAGGCGCCAAUACGUGUCACAAAAAAAGCUGUUCGGGAUUCCCAUUUCACAACAGACUCAACAAAUGCCAGCUGUGAUAGUGAGGCGAGUGAUCAAGGACGCUCUCUCUCCGCUAAUCACGAGCUGUGCCAACAUCAGUAAGCUCGCCAUAAAUACCGAGCAUGCAGUGCGACGGAACGCCGGCCUUGUGAACAAACCUUUCCUACAAAGCCUCACGAUUCCGCACAGGUGUCCCGGCCUUGACUUGUUGCUAGCCAUCUGUGAGGCGAUUUGGCCUGUUGCUAUCGAAGCCGGCUGGAAGGUCGACGACUGGAGUCUGACUGGCAUAAUACCGAGAAGCGUGCAACAGGCGACGCCCAACGAGGUCCGAGACGAGGAGCUGCCAGUAUUCUUGCAAUUCAUGCAGAAUUUCCGCAAAUUCUCUUUAUGCUUCAACGGCGCUAAUGCCAAAGACGAAGACUAUGAUCGCGGGGUCGAGAGCCAAUGGGCCUUCUACCGCGACGAAUUCGCAGCAGGGUGUACGAUUUACUGGCUGCCAUGCAUGCCGAAGAUUGAGGAGUUCCGCUUGGUAUAUCCUGUCGCUCCGUUGGUGGAUUGGCGGGUCGAUAUACGCGACGCGCUCCAGGAGAAGUUCAUUCCCCAUCUGACACUUCUCCACAUCUCGAAUUUCCAGUGCGAUACAGAGGGUCUCGAGCGGUAUCUCCUGCUGCAUAAGGACACACUUCAGGAUCUGAAGCUCUCCGACGUGCAUCUCAGAGGCUCCAGUUGGCCAGCGUGUUUGACUGCGAUUGCGGGAAGGCUUCCAUGCCUUCGGCGCGCGAAGUUGGUUGCUCCACUUACAAGUCUUGAUAGUGAGGUCGAUGAAGAGAUGGUGUAUUAUAUUGGGCAAUACAUGCAAAGUAGCGCGCAAAUCGAAGAGCAUCAGAACGCGGUAGAACGCUACAUCUUGACUGGUGAGGGUCCUGCUCCGAGUUGGACCGUGGAGGAGAUGAUUGAGACUGAUGGAGAAGGCGAUGAGGAGGGAAGCUUAAUGGACUACAGCGAAGGGACGGCAAGUGAGAGGAGCGACGACGAGAUGAUGGAUUGA